AUUCCGUCAGUUGGCGCUCACAAUCGAUCGCGUCAUCUUGACAGACGCCGUGUGUGAAAAAAUUUGACUCUGCGAGAUGAUUUUUAUUUAAUUUCCACUCUCACGACUCUCCUCCGCGUAUUUUGAGUUGUUUUUACCACCAUACGACACCUCGCGUCGCCGUUCACCUGUGGAGACAUCGGCUCCACGCAUUCUCUCAGCCGCCAAAGCAGUGUCCCAGUGGCGUUCGUGUGUGAACAAAAGGCAACCUCUGACGACAUUGCGACUGGGAAAAAUUGUGAUUAUCGCAUUAAACGUGCUGCCGGAUGAGUGUAUAGACGUUGGAAACAGUGGAAAAUGCCAGCAGUGAGGUGUUUCCGCGGAUAAAUCAACGGUGCAGCGCCAGUGUGUGAAAAUGCCCACGAGGACGGGAAUCAGGAAGCCCCUCGGAAUGGUGAUCCGCAACAGGAAGACAAUAAAAGACGGUGUCAUCACGAGUUCCGGAAUUGGCGAUCCGAGCGUCUAUCAUGCACUUGUGGUGAUAUUUUUGGAGUUCUUCGCCUGGGGCUUGCUCACGAUGCCCGUUAUUGCGGUUCUCAAUCAAACCUUCCCAGAUCACACAUUCCUGAUGAAUGGCCUGGUGAUGGGAAUCAAGGGGAUUUUGUCAUUUCUCAGUGCGCCACUGAUUGGGGCGCUCUCCGAUGUGUGGGGCAGGAAGUUCUUCCUGCUGAUCACAGUGUUCUUCACAUGCGCUCCAAUUCCACUCAUGACCAUCAAUACCUGGUGGUUCUUUGCUAUGAUCUCAAUCAGUGGCGUCUUCGCCGUGACCUUCUCCGUUGUGUUCGCCUAUGUGGCCGACGUGACAACAGUGGAGAACCGUUCGCGGGCCUACGGACUCGUGUCGGCCACAUUUGCCGCCAGUCUCGUGAUUUCGCCCGCUCUGGGUGCGUAUCUCAUCACGAAGCACAAUGACACGGUGAUUGUGGCCCUGGCGACCGCCAUUGCCAUCCUCGAUGUCUUCUUCAUCCUCGUGGCCGUGCCGGAGAGCUUGCCAGAGAAGGUGCGGCCGAGCUCCUGGGGUGCGCCGAUCAGCUGGGAACAGGCGGACCCCUUUGCCGCGCUGCGCAAGGUUGGCAUGGAUCAGACGAUUCUGAUGCAGUGUGUCACAGUGCUUCUGUCGUACUUGCCCGAGGCUGGCCAAUAUUCCUGCAUCUUUGUGUAUUUGAAGUUGAAAAUGGGCUUCAGUUCUAUUGAAGUUUCUGUUUUUAUUGCCGUUGUUGGAACCUUGAGUAUUCUGGCGCAAUUAGUUUUAGGAGUCUUAAUGAGGGUUCUUGGUGCGAAACGUACAAUAAUAAUAGGGCUGCUAUUUGAGAUGAUGCAACUUCUCUGGUACGGAUUUGGGAGUCAAACAUGGAUGAUGUGGGCUGCGGGAAUUCUAGCGUCUCUGGGUUCAAUUACUUAUCCAGCAAUAAGUGCGUCUGUCUCCAUUCUGUCCACACCACACAGACAAGGAGUCGUUCAGGGGAUGGUGACUGGAAUGCGUGGCUUGUGCAAUGGUCUCGGACCGGCGAUGUUCGGUGUGAUUUUCUACCUUUUCCACGUGGACUUGAACGAUGAGCACAACACAAUAAACAGUAGUCAUAGUGUAGAUACGAAAUUGAUAAGGAACGAGACGAUCCGCAGUGGGGAAUUCAUGAGUCAGCUGGUGCCGGGGCCGCCCUUUGUCUUUGGCGCCCUCAUGGUCAUCGUGGCGAUCCUGGUGGCGUCCUACAUUCCCGAGGGGCCCACCGAGAGGGUGAUUCGUCGUGUUUCAGGCGUCUCGCUGGACAUUCAGUCGGAGACGGAGAAGGGUGGCCGGAAGGUGACUUCUGCCGCAGCUGGACCACUGCUCACGCCGCUUUCAUCGCUGCAUCAGGACUCGGCUCAGCUGUAGGCUCUUGAGAUGAUGUGAAACACUUUUGCGCUCUUCUGUCCAUCCAUACGGCCAAAAGCAUCAAUUGUACACUAAAAGCUCAGCCACACUUUAUUUGAAAAAAAACGUGACGGCAAAUGAGGAGAGAGAGAUUUUUUCCAUAAUUGUGAUUGAGAAUUCCGGAUGGAGUUUGGAAAAGUUGGUGUUGCAGAGAUGAGAGAAGAAGAAAAGCAUUAACCUCCCAAAAAAAAAAAUGAUAGGAUUUUGAAAAGUGAGAAUUAACAAAAAUGAUCUAUAGAUUGCAUUGCAGAUGAGAGAUAUGUAUAUGUAUGAUAUAUAUAUAUAUGAAGUUUUGAGAAAAAAGA